AAACAACUUGUGAAAACUUUGUUUUGUGGUGUUGUAUCAAAUAAUGUUGUGUCUUUGGACUGUCCACAUAUAAGCCGUACUUUAGAAGAGUUUUAUACUUUACGAUGCCAAGUGGCUGACAUGAGAAAUUUAUUUGAUUCUAUUGAUGAAAUUACUGUUAAAGAUACACUUGAAGGUGAUAAUAUGUAUACAUGUUCACAGUGUGGUAAAAAAGUGCGUGCUGAAAAAAGAGCUUGUUUGAAAAGGUUGCCCAAAAUACUGUGCUUCAACAUGAUGCGCUAUACAUUCAGCUUUGUGACUAAUACAAAAGAAAAAGUGAAUACUCAUUUUUCAUUUCCUAUGCAACUGGAUAUGUCAAAUUACAUGGAAAAAAAUUUGAUACCAAAGCAACAUAUAGAUAAUGAAGAUGCUGGGGGUGCUGAUGCCGAGGAUGAAUGUUAUGAAUAUGAGCUUAUUGGAGUUACAGUUCAUACUGGAAAUGCUGAAGGGGGCCACUAUUAUAGUUUUAUAAGAGAGCGAAAUCUUCCUGGAAAAGACAAAUGGUUCCUAUUUAAUGAUUCAGAGGUUAAGCCUUUUGACCCAUCCCAUAUUGCAGCUGAAUGUUUUGGUGGUGAAACAACGAGCAAAACUUAUGAUUCUGUAACAGACAAAUUUAUGGAUUUUUCAUUCGAAAAAACAAAUAGUGCAUAUAUGCUUUUCUAUGAGAAAAUAAAUCCCAAGGAUGUAAGUGCUAACUCUCUUCAAGCUGCAGAUCCUACUGCCUGCACAGACAGUACACAUGAUGAAUUACAAAUAGGAUUAUCAUCAGAGUUAGCUGAAUGGAUAUGGCAAGAUAAUAUGCAGUUUCUUCAAGAUAAAAGUCUUUUUGAGCAUACAUACUUCAAUUUUAUGUGGCAGAUAUGUAGUCAUAUACCUCAGACGUUGUGUGCUCAUAAUGACAUAACUUUACUAUCUGCAAAACUUGGUACAUCAUUUGUUUUGGAGACUUUAAUACAUGCAAAAGAAAAGCCAACAAUCGCCCAGUGGAUUGAACUUUUGACCAAACAAUUUAAUGCUAGUCAACUUGCUUGUGAAUGGUUCCUAGACCAUAUGGCUGAAAACAAUUGGUGGCCUGUGCAAAUAUUAAUUAAAUGUCCUAACCAAGUUGUCAGACAACUCUUUCAAAGGUUAUGCAUCCAUGUUAUUAACCAAUUGAAGCCUAUUCAUUCAACAAUGUAUCUGCAGCCUUUUUCUGACAGUGAUGAUUCAUCUGAUGGGGAUAUAUCUCAAAUUGGGCAGUAUUCCUGUGUAACAAGGUUUAUUAGAAAACUCUUAACUCUG